AUGGACCCAACAAGCACAGAGUUAGACAUCCCCUCCCUCACAAUCCCAAAAUACCACGCAGCCCUCUCCAACGGCACAACAACCUGCACAGCCCUAGUCACCACCUACCUCGCCCGCAUAACCCGCUACGAUCCAACCCUCAAAUCUCUGCUAUACAUCAACGAAAACGCCCUCGAAAUAGCCGCCCAAAAGGACAAACAAACAACCCACUUCCUAAACAAUUCCCACCCCCUCCCGCCCUUACACGGCGUCCCUAUUAUCCUAAAAGAUAACUUUACAACCCAUGAUACACCCACCAGCGCAGGCGUCCAAGCCCUCCACGCCCUCCGCACAACCACAGAUAGCGAAGUAGUCUCCCGUCUCCGCCUCGCAGGCUGUAUCAUCCUCGCCAAGGCGAAUCUCCACGAAUUCGCCCUCCACGGAACGACCACAUCCUCGCUAGGCGGGCAGACGUUGAACCCGUUCGAUGCGACCCGGACACCGGGUGGUUCCUCGGGGGGAACUGCGGCUGCGCUGGCGGGCGGAUUGGGGCUUGUCGGGUGUGGGAGUGACACGGUUAAUUCGUUGAGGUCUCCUGCGUCGGCGUGUGGGAUUGUUGGGUUUCGGCCGUCGGUGGGGAGGGUUUGUACAAGCGGUGUUGUGCCUGUUAGUUCGGUGCAGGAUGUUGUUGGGCCUAUGGGAGGGAGUGUGGAGGAUGUGAGGGUUGUUUUUGAUGUUAUGAAGAGUGGGAGAGAGGAGGGGGAGGAGGAGGGUGAGAAGGGUCUUGGAGAGUUAGAGGGUGGGAAUUCGAGGAGAAUCCGGAUUGGCGUCUUAGAUGCGUAUUUCGGCCUUGACGAUCCUCGGGAGGAACUAACUGAUGAACUUGUUCAUGAAAAUACGAUUGUGCAACGGGUCAUGCAUGAAGCUUUGGCGUCUAUCAAGACCAAAGCAGGUGCAGAUAUCGAAUUGGUCCAUAUCAAUCCGUCCACCCAUCCGGAUUGGCGCUUCGCAACUCUCGCCUCGACGGCUGAUACGCAAGUCUACGAGUUCCGCGAACGCCUGGAUACAUUUCUCCAAUCGGAGACUGUUAUCUCGCCGUAUCACUCGCUGAAGCAGAUUGCGGAGAGUGGAGAAUAUGAUCAGAACGCGGUUACAAAGGUAUUUACUGCGGCGUUGCAGAACCCGGAGAGAUUUUCGUUGGCAAGUCCCGGGUAUCAGGCUCGUUUGGAGAGGAUUUCUGUGUUGAAGGAGGGUGUGAGGAAGUGUUUUGAGGAGAAUGGGAUUGAUGCGAUGGUUUAUCCGCAUCAGAGGCAGUUGGUUGUGCGGAUUGGGAGUUGUGUGCAGCCGAGGAGGAAUGGGAUUCUGGCGGCUUUGACGGGGAGGCCUGCUAUUUGUAUUCCUGCUGGGUUUAGUCCGUCGACUUGUUCUGCAGCUCAGGGUGUCCCUGUUGGGUUGGAGUUGAUGGGGAGAGAAGAUCGUGAUGAGGAAUUGUUGGAUCUUGCGGAGCGGAUUGAAGGGAUUCUUCAGAAGAGGGAGGCUCCGAGUAUGGAGUGGAUCAAAUAG